GAGUUCCAGCAGUUACCACUUCCGGACUGUGUUCCUCGCAAGCGGUACUACCUAGGCUUCAUCAACGUGGCUGAUCCGCAAAUAAGCGGCAAGCAAGCGCGAACGCGUUGGGUUCUGCAACGGCUCCUUUCGUUGUUACUGCCUCUCGGACCGAGCUCGACGUGGGCAGUACAGCAGAGCAACCACAUCAGACUCUAGCGUAUCCGCUGUGCUUGAACCAGCUGCAACAGCAGAUAAGUAUGGACAAGUUAAGAGAGUUGAGAGCUCAGCUCAACAGAUUCAGAAACAACUCGAGCGACGAGAGAAUUCGUGCAGACUGCUUCAACGCGGAUUUGGAGCUGGAGUCUUUUGAAAACUUUCUACGACGAAAGUUAGAACAUCGAGACGUUCGCCUGCGCAUGGCGAGACAUCACUCGCUAGAGGAUCACCCCGUCAUGUACGAACCUCCCAUUCCUCAGCUCUUCUCAAACAAUGUUCCGAUCACACAGUUGUUCUUGCGUGAUUUAUAUUACCACUUAAACAAGAAUAAGUUGCGUGAAGUUUUAUCAGCUCAGGGUUUCGAGGACGUAGAAAUCAAGUCCCUCAAAAACACCAAGUCGGGCUCUGUAGCUACUUUAGUUUGUAAGUCUCUGGCAUCAUCCUGCAAGAUUCAAGUAAAAUCAUGCAAAAUAGAGCUAAUUUUCACAGACCCCAAAGGGAAAGUUUCAUACAUUAGGAUCAGACCUGAUCAAUUUUCCAGUCAAAACGCACUGCUACCCACGCAAGCGUCUUCUAAAAGAAUAUCAGUGUUGCCGCAGGCUCUUUCAAGUCUGUUGGACUGCCCUCAAGCAGUAGAUCACUUGUUAGAAUACGUCUCCGCAAACGAUAUUUACAACUUCUACAUAGCUUCCUUCGAGAAUCCAAAAUUUCUCGCUGUUGACUUUACCUUUGACUCCGCAGCAGACAGGUACAGCAGCGAGAACGGAUUAAAUCGCAUGUUGGAUGAUGCCAGAAAAUUGAGCUUCAGAAGUAUUUUGUUCAACGCACAUAGAAUCACUAUAGAAACUCCUUUUGUUAACAAAUUGUUGAACAUUUGCGUAAAUCGUCGGCUUGAUCCAGACAGACACCUUUGGCUACGCCAAGUCGAUCUAUCAGCGGUCGCAGCUUCAGAACAAACGAUUAGAACGCUGUCUGAAUCAUGCACGAUUAUUAACCUAACUUUAGGAAGCACCCCAGGCGGUUGCGAUAGAUCCUUAGACAUAAAUAAGUUAAAUACUUUGACACUAGUUAACAACGCGCAAUUAUCGUUAAAAUUCUUGACCAAAGACUGUUUCUCGUUGAUUACUACGCUAAAAAUCAUUGGUUGCAAUGAAGUGCCAAUGGACAAGCUGUUCAACUUCGUUACCAUUAACACUAACUUAAAAACGCUAGUAUUUAAGGAUAGUCAGAGCAGAAACAAAAACUCAGUUGACCUGCUCAUAGCAGUAUUUUCUAGUAGGAAUUGUAUAGAGGAAUUCCAAUUCGAUUAUUCAAGCACAAGAGAAUUCCGCACUCAACUGAUUCCCAACAUGGUUCUGAAUCAAACUACCUCACUAAGAGCUUUAAACCUAGAAAAUAAUGAUUUUUUUAAGAAUUGGAUUCCUCCAAUUAUUGAUAACGCGUCAAAUCUAACCGAGUUGAACAUCCUCGGAUUAUAAUUCGAGUAUUCGCUUCCGUUACAUAGGUUACCAUAUUUAGCUUCUCUUAAACUUAACUACAAUCAGGCUAUCGAAACUACGUUAGCCAACCUAGUCAAUAAAAGCAAACUUGAUGUAUUAGUCAAUAACACACGAGAUAAAAAGAGAACCCGUGCAAAUCAAUCUAGCUUCAUUAAGAGACGUAACCUUUGGUUGUGCUAAAUUAAGUCUAAAAUUCAUUAACUGUAAGUUCGUCGCUUUAGCAUCAACGCAAAGAGCUUUGGAAUCAGAUAGAGUUAUUGUACAAUGCUCAGAAAACUCAAUUAUUAUUUGUAAGCGCUAAGCGAUGCUAAUGUACUAUCAA